GUCGGACAUUCACAAGUUUGAUAUCUCUAACGUGCAGUCAACGAAACAGCUUCUGUGAUCUCAGCGAUGGCUCCCUCAGCUCAAUCUGUGGCUCAAGCCACGGGUGUAGCUCCGUUGACUCCCAACUUUACAGCCAAGGAUUAUGGCAUCUUUUUCAUGUCUGGAGCCCUAUGUGCAACGGUCACUCAUGCUGGAUUCACUCCCGUCGACGUCGUCAAGACGCGUAUACAGAUCGACCCGGCUUUCAAAGGCCAAGGAUUUCUCACGGUUGGAAGAGGCAUCAUAGCGGCUGAAGGACCUGCUGGGCUACUCACUGGGUUCGGACCGACUGCGGCUGGAUAUUUCUUCCAAGGUGGUGCCAAAUUUGCCGGAUAUGAAGCGUCUAAAAAAUAUCUCGUCGAGAUGGUUGGAUCUCGUGAAGCUGCCGUGGAGAACAGGACGGCAAUUUACCUGGGAGGAGCCACCAUUGCCGAAUUCUUCGCUGAUAUCCUCUUGACACCCUUGGAGGCCACUCGUAUUCGACUGGUUUCGAAUCCAAAGUACGCCACUGGACUGGUCUCUGGUCUCACCAAGAUUGCCUCGACCGAAGGUAUCGGAGGUCUUUACGCUGGAUUCAUCCCUAUCCUAUUCAAACAGGUCCCAUUCGCUGUCGGUCAAUUCGCCGUCAACGAACGAUGUACCGAGUUUCUGUACAACAGAUUAGACCCCGAGACUCGAAAAAACCUCUCUGCCACUGCAACUAUGGGAAUCACUUUGACCUCAGGUAUCACCGCUGGUGUAGCCGCUGCUAUCCUGUCACAUCCCGCAGACACACUGUUAUCUCAGAUUAACCGAGGACACGGACCGAAAGGAUCCAUGUUGUACAGAUUGGGCGCUUUAGCCAAGGAAGUUGGAUUCAGAGGUAUCUGGUCGGGAUUAGGACCAAGAAUGGCUAUGACCGCCGGACUGGUCAGCUCUCAAUUCGUCAUUUACGGAUACAUCAAGUCGGCCUUGGGAGCUCGACCGGGUAUCGAGAUUCACAAGGAGAAUUCAGAUGCUCCAGAGGGAGGCGCUGUUCACUAGAGAUACAAGUGGCCCAUGUAGACUAAUGAUGCACUCUUGCGGAAUCAAA